ACACGCACAAUAAUCUUCGUUCCGAAUGGAUGCACAGCGAAGCGAGCGGUGCCUUAUCACCAAUGCCGGGUUUGAAGUUAGCCUUCAGACUUGCUAAUCGUUCUGAGUCAGCCAGAAGAUUGGUAUGCUAGAAACCGUUCUGCUAAUUCCUAACACCACGGCGGUUAAAUGAAUUUCAGCACAAACAAUCACAAUAGAAAUCAAACUGAACGGGGUGCCUAAUUGUUGUGAUAAACUUAUUAAAUAGAUCCAUGCUUGGACAAAUUGUCUCUGCAUUCAUCCCAAUAUGUCAUUAGCUCCAAGAUGGACGUUCGUUGCAAUUAUUUUGGCUCAAAUUUUUUGGAUGUCUGUUUUAUCAACUAGAGUACACGAAAAAAGUCGAUGUGCUACCAAAAGUGCUUGCAAUGAAGGCGGUCAGGGUGAUUUCUUGCAGGCUUGUGUUUCCAACUCGGAGCCUUUCGUUUUCGAAGUGGAAAACGAAGAAGACUCUGAAGCGUUCUAUUUUUUGAAUUCAGUUUGUCCGCAUCUGACAAAAUCUCGGAGCCCAGAGAUCUGCUGCGAUACCACACAGCUACUGCAGUUGAAGGACCAAAUGGCGACAGUGAGAAUGUUAUUCCGGAGGUGUCCCUCCUGUCUGCAGAACUUCGAGUCCCUCUGGUGCAAUCUCCUCUGCCAUCCGGACCAGUCCACCUUCUCCAACGUCACUGCCACUGUACCCUACAGCAGCGAAUUGAAGGCAUCAAGCAAAUGGAGUGACGCCGAUGGCAAGUGGAGUGAAGAUAGUCCGCCUGAGUACAGUGAAUCGGUGGAUGCAGUCACUAUCUACCUCAGCAGGGACUACGCCCACAAUCUGUACAGGUCCUGUGCACAUGUGAAGUUCAUCGGGGCAUCUCAAGAGGUAAUCUCAAAGAUGUGCUUUGAGAAUCCAGUAGAUAAGUGCUCGCCGGAGUUGUUUCUGAACUACAUUGGAACUAAGAAGAACAAAAGGUCGCCCUCAGAGUUCACAUUUGAAAUUGUGGAAGAUAAUCAGAGGGCAAAAUACGCAGAAAAAGGCAUUCAUCCGUUGGACUUGGACCUGUUCCAGUGCAAUGCCCGUGGCUACAACAACAGUGAACCCUGCAGCUGCAUGGACUGUCCUCAGUCAUGCAAAGGGCCUCCUCGGGGUCCCAAUCCAGGAGCCCCUCUAGAUUCCAGCAACCCUCCCUGGCGCCUGCUGGGUAUCCCUGGAUAUGUGGUGGUAGUUGCAGUGUUGUACAUUACAGUGUCUUGUAUAUAUAUUGUGGUGUCCUAUAUGCACUGUUUGUACUACAAGAAGCCAGACGACGAAGACCAAUAUGUGGCUGCGCCUAAUUAUAAUUAUCACCAGCAGCAUUCGCAGUAUAUUUCAAAGUCAACAGUGCAAAACUGCUCCUCUAAGAACUCGAUGAACUCUGACGGCGGAGGAGACGGGACUAAUCAGACUCAAGGCAGUGGAGGGGGAGUAGUGGUUGUUGAAGUGGGCGUGUUCGAGCAGAUCGGAAGGAGGUUCCAGUCUGCGUUGCACUCGUUCUUCUUCCAGUGGGGUCUCACUAUGGCAUGUCAGCCAGUGGCCGCUCUUCUCUUUGGAAGUAUGGUCGUAGCUGUGUGUAGCAACGGUCUGCACUAUGUUCGCUGGACUACAGACCCAGUUGAACUGUGGUCGUCGAGUGGCAGUGAGGCAUACAGGGAGAUGGAGCACUUCAACUCACACUUCGGCCCCUUCUUCAGAAUAGAACAGAUCAUAGUCAAGCUCAAGAGGAACGCCACUGGUGCCAUCAGGUACGAGCCAGAUGCAUAUUCGGAGAGAUACAGACCCAAAGACAUGGACCCCAUUAUGGACGCUCCAAUUCUUCAUCAGGUGCUGUCGUUGCAAGAGAACAUCUCCAACCUGACAGUGUACUCCACUCGACAUGAGAGAAAUGUCACUCUCUCCGACAUCUGCCAUAAGCCCAUGGCACCCGCCAACGACAAAUGUGCAAUAAUGAGUGUGACGGAGUGGUUCCAGAACUCACACGAGACAAUAGACGAGAAGAGCUACAGAACGAGGAGGAAGCGAGUGAUCAAUGCCGACCAUUACAAACACAUCAGAGCGUGCAUCGAGUCUCCUACUAGACUGGAUGACGGGACGCCUCUCAGGACUUCCUGCCUGGCCUCGUGGGGAGGAAUCAUGGAACCAUUGAUUGUACUAGGAGGCUUCAAAGACUCCAUUCGCCAUUUGUUGGAUGACCCUAAGCACAAAGAGGAGUUUGAAAAGGCGACUGCGCUGGUGGUGACUAUUCUUGUGAAGAACAGUCUCAAUAGUAGAGAGAGGGAGAUAGCAGAAGACUUCGAACAGAGCUACCUAGACUUAGUGCGUCAGUUUGCCCUUGACCACCCCCACCUGCACGUGGCCUACCAGGCCCAGAGGUCAAUUGAGGAUGAAAUAGAGAGGGCGUCGGAGGGGGAUGUGAAGACUGUCAUCUGCAGCUACCUCAUCAUGUUCGGCUACAUUACCUGCUGCCUCGGAAAGGUGGGUGGGUGUGGAAUGCGCACUCUAGUGGACAUGAAGAUCACAGUGGGUAUUGGGGGAGUGGUGAUUGUGAUGAGCAGUGUGGCCUGUUCCAUAGGAGUGUUUGGAUUCAUAGGGGUACCUGCCACACUCAUCAUAAUGGAAGUGGUCCCCUUCUUGGUGCUAGCUGUGGGAGUGGAUAAUAUAUUCAUCCUAGUACAGUGCUAUCAGAGAUACCGACCGAAAGACAGAAACGAAUCCCUGGAAGUACAAAUAGCUACUGUCUUCUCCAAAGUGGCCCCCUCCAUGCUUCUUUCAUCAUGUGCAGAGGCACUGGCAUUCUUCCUAGGAGCCAUGACGCCAAUGCCGGCUGUGAGGACUUUCUCGCUGUAUGCUGGGAUGGCGGUGACGUUUGACUUCCUGUUCCAGAUCACGUGUUUUGUGGGGUUGUUGACACUAGAUGCGAAGAGACAAAAGGAUGCUCGUGUGGACAUCGCCUGUUGCGUGCCAGUUGACAACUGCGAGAAGUCCCCCCGCGGCCAAGUGGGCACAGUUUACUCCCUCUUCAAGAACUACUACUCCCCCAUCCUCUUCUCAGACCUGGUGAGGCCCAUCGUGAUUGUGGUGUUUGUUGGCUGGUUCCUGGCCUGUUGCUGCAUGAUGCCACAUAUUCCCAUUGGACUGGACCAGAGUCUAUCGCUGCCAUCGGACUCUUAUAUGCGAGACUACUUCACAGCCAUCUCCGAGGACCUCAACGUCGGAUCCCCAGUCUACUUCGUCGUCAAGGAACCAUUUCCCUACGAGGACCCACAACAGCAGAAACUGGUCUGUGGUUUAGCUGGAUGCAGUGCGGACUCAAUAGUACAGCAGAUAAGCAGAGCAGCUAAAGAUAAAGAGAGGACGAAGAUAGCGAAGAUGCCGAAUUCGUGGUUGGAUGAUUUCCUUGAUUGGUCCGACCCAGAGUCAAAGUGCUGCAGGUUUGACACAACUAGUGACAGUGGUGGGAGGAAGUUCUGUAAUGCAUCUGUGCAGUCGGAGAACUGCGAGAGUUGUCCGAUUGAUGGCGGGAAAGUGCAAGGAGAGCAGUUCAUGGACCUGUUGCCUUACUUUCUAUCAGAUAUACCCUCCAUAGAUUGCCCAAAAGCUGGUAAAGCUGCUUACGCCAAUGGAGUAUCAAUAAAAAGUGUCUGGACACCACCGCCUUUAAUUACGAGUUCGACAUUAGUAAAUGGAAGCCAAGGUUCCUGGUCAACCAAAAAUUUAGCUUACUCAGCCGAUAAUCUCCAGUAUUCAAGUUCAUCCCCUCCUUAUUCUAAAACAGAAGAACAAUCGAAUAAAGGGGAGUACAAAAAGAGAGUAGUGUCUAGUUACUUCAUGACAUAUCACACGGCAUUGAGGACCUCGGCGGAUUUCACAGAGGCGCUGGUGGAAUCGAGAGCUCUGGCUGAUAGGAUCUCGGAGAGUAUGGGCGUGGAGGUGUACCCAUACUCGGUGUUCUACGUGUUCUAUGAGCAGUAUCUGAGCAUAGUGAGGGACACAGUGAUCAACAUGUCAGUCUCCCUCCUCUCCAUAUUCCUCGUCACAUUCUUCCUCCUAGGUCUGGACAUAGUGUCAGCGUUGUUCGUGGGGGUGACUAUUCUGAUGAUCAUAGUGUCCAUGUGUGGCCUCAUGUACCUCUGGGACAUCUCCCUCAACGCCAUCUCACUCGUCAACCUAGUCAUGGCAGUGGGAAUAAGUGUUGAGUUCUCUGCACAUACAGUGCGCACCUUUGCAGUCAAUCCCAACCCAUCCAGACUGCAGAGGGCAAAGGACUCCUUGUUGGAGAUGGGCAGCUCAGUACUGAGUGGUAUCACAUUGACUAAACUGGGCGGCAUAUUGGUGCUAGGCUUCUCCAACUCGGAGCUGUUCCGAGUGUUCUACUUCCGAAUGUACCUGGGCAUAGUCAUCUUCGGAGCAGCACACGGGCUCGCAUUCCUACCUGUCGUCCUCAGCUAUAUAGGUCCAUUGACGAAGGAGAGGAAGCUGCGAAGAACGAAUCGAAAAUGUAGGGGAUGUACCUGCUCCACUGGAACCCAAAGAUCCAAAGGGGCACAAGGACAACGCAACCCCCGUCCUGGGAUUACCGACCCCCACCUCCCAACCCCACAGCAGGAAGACACUCACUCACUAGUAUACACUAAGUCACUACCAGAGCAGAGUAAACAAACAACAGUGGUAACAAGCAAUGCAGAAACGUCUAACUCGGAGCUAAGUGCAACGAUAUUAACAACAGUGUCCAAAAAUGAACAACGACUAGGAAAAAACUCCUCAUUUUGUGAAGCUACAUCAAUAAGCAAAGAUAAGUCGCAACCAAUACCUGAUUGCAUUGAGCCUACUGUUUUUUCAAGCAAUGUGAUUGGUCAGAAAUCAGCCAAUGAAAAUCGAUCAGCAUGUAAUACUGAGACAGAUGCGCCUAUUGGCGAUAAAAACAAUGAAAAAGACUUGUUUGAAAGUGGUGCUAUGUUUAGUAAAGCUUCUGCUCCUCUCAAAAAUUCCACUUCGAAAAGUAAUCAUCCCCGUACUGCUAAUUUGGAUUCGUCUCGAGAAGAAACUUGUGCUUAAUUUUCAUCUCACAUUUUUGCCUUCACCUCAAAUUAAUACAAUCUUUAAAAAUCAAAUAAACUUAAUAUUAAUGCAGACUGAUAACAAAACAAUUUAUCUAAAAACAUUUGCUGCGGUUUAGAUUUUAGCCAAAUUUAUUAGUGAUAAAGUAUUGCUUCAGUUUUCAAGUGUCAAUGAACGAAGUGAAGACCUAUUUAGGUAUGUCUUCGUUUUUGUUCGGAAAAGUCUUUGAGUUGUUCACGCUCAAAUUUGAGAUUUUAAGGUGCGACUUUUGAUUUCCUUUUUAAAAUUCAACUUUAAAUUACUAGCUAAAUAGGAAAGCAAAUUUUGUUUUCCAAUUUGCAAAUUGCGCGGAAAAAAACGUGAAUGGCUUCAGGUUUUUCGAAAGAAGGUUUUCCAGCUGAAUACAA